GCUAGCAGCUCAUGUCGCAGCUACAGACAGGCGUUUCGACGGAAGACUGCAAACGGAUCGAAUAUUAGUGUUGGUUUUACAAUACGUUUCUCAUUCACGUUUGCGGAGUAUCAAUUUUUGUUUUGAAAAUUGAGACCUGUUGAAAUGGCAGAUCCAGCCAUGCACCGAGAUUGCCCUCUCGACUGCAAGGUCUAUGUGGGAAACCUGGGAAAUAAUGGCAACAAGACAGAGCUGGAGAGGUCCUUUGGCUAUUAUGGGCCACUUCGCAGUGUCUGGGUAGCAAGGAACCCCCCAGGCUUUGCUUUUGUGGAAUUUGAAGAUCCAAGGGACGCAACAGACGCAGUGAGGGAGCUUGAUGGAAGGACACUAAGUGGUUCUCGUGUGAGAGUGGAGCUGUCCAAUGGUGAGAAACGCACCCGCAACCGGGGUCCUCCUCCCUCAUGGAGCAGACGUCCUCGAGAUGAACAUCGUGGGCGUCGUGGUAGCCCGCCCGCCAGGCGCAGAUCUCCACGAAGGAGGAGCUUCAGCCGCAGCCGAAGCAGGUCUCUUUCCAGAGACAGGAAGAGGGAGAGAUCUCUGUCCCGGGACAGAAACCAUAAACCCUCAAGAUCAUUCUCUCGAUCAAGGAGCCGCUCCAGAUCUACUGAGAGAAAGUAAGAAGAUUCACGGCAAUCGAUGGAUGAACAAAUACAGCCAUCCCUCUAGCGAGUUGUUUCAUGUGAUGGACUAUAAAUGACCCCUGGUCAUUGGUCUUUUUUUCUCUCUUUUUUUUAAACAAUCAAAUAUGUUUAGUAUUUGCUUCUUUGUGACUUUCAAGGUAUCUAUUUCCUCUGUAUUUUGUAAAUAAGUGGGUAUGCAGGUGUAAUACGUUACUGAAAGAAAGGGCUGAACUUGAGAACCAACUUCUCAUUCAAAAUAGCAUAUGACAUCGAUGUUAGUCAAACAUUUAUUCCAGUGCCAAAAUUGACCAAAAAAAAUGCAAGUAAGUACAUAUAAAGUCAGUAUCGUCCAAAACAGACUUGUGAGAUUUGUUUACAAGAUUUCGGCAUGACUUGAGUGUUUGAGUAUCUGUAUGUCUAAAAGUACCAGGUCAAGGAAAGGCCCUGUUUUAAAUAGUCUAGUGCUCACAUCACGUUUCCAUGUCAGCAAGAUUUGUCUGGAGGUGGUAAAAGGCUAUUGUCAUCUAUUCUAUGUUGAUUAAUAUAUGUAUCUUGUUGUCUAAUUGAUCUAUGGGAUUUUCGCUGUUCUUCCAGUUCCUGUUGGUAAAUAUUUGUCAAUGGGAAUAAUGGCACCCGUAUUCAGGAUAUUGGAAUCUAUUUGAGAAAAGAGAUGCAAAGUACUGAAUACAAUUAUCUCAAUUUUGGCUCUACAAUAUUCCACUUUCUUUUCCUUUGUACUAUUUGUAAUGUUCUCUGAAUUAAAAACUGGUUGUAGAAAAGUCUUCUGUUACCAUUUUGUGGGGAGAUAUAAAAUAUUAAACUGUCUACAGACCUCAAA